AUGUUGGGUUCCUUAAGGGUAAUACAUGGCGGUGUUAUUCGCCUCGUAGCACCUACUUCUUCUAUGUUAAAGAACAUGACAUCUGGACAACAAAUUCUUACUUCAAGAAAUAUUGUUAUUAAAAGUCAUUUAGAUUUACCAGAAGACUACCCAGAACCAUUUCCAUACAAAGAAAAACGUCUCGAUUUUUUAACAUGUAUGUUAGAUGGCACAAAGAAACGUUUUAAUCAAAAUUCUCGGCUUAUUGUUGUUGAAGGAAAUGAAGGUUGUGAAAAAAGUCAUGUAGCCAAAGAAUUAGCUGAUCAAUUUGGAAUGUUAUAUAUGCCUGAAUUCAAAAUGGAAGAUAUUCUCAUAGAUAGAUACAAAAAUGAUCUUCGUGAUUACUACCAUCUUUUUCCAAAGUCGUUUAGAAUUCCUGAUGAACAAAUGUUUUAUAAAAACCCUUUUAGCGAUUUGACUGCUGUUAUGCGUGAAAGAAUUUUCCAUUGCAAGUUUGAUCAAUACCUUAAUGCAUUAGCUCAUAUUCUUAAUACUGGACAGGGUGUUGUUCUCGAACAUACUCCACAUUCUGAUUUUGUUUUUAUUAAUGCUUUGAAAGCUAAAAAUUACAUUGGUAUUGAAUUUUUUAAACAUUACUAUUACCUGAGAAAAUGUGGAAUUCCAGAAUUAAAUUUUUGGCCACAUUUAGUUGUUUAUCUUGAUAAACCAGUUCAAAAGUGUCUUGAAAAUAUUAAGAAAUCAGGAAAUGAUGACAAAAUAGCAACAAUUGAUGAAGUAUAUCUUAAAACAAUUCAAGAUUCAUACAAAGAUUGUCUUCGUGAAUAUCAAAAAUAUUCUAAAAUUCUUGCAUAUGAUUGGAGUAAUGAAGGAAAUACAGAUAUUAUUGUUGAGGAUAUUGAACGUGUAGACUUUGACUUUCAUGAAUGGCAUUCAAAUGAAAUUUUUGAGCAAUGGUUUGAACCAGUUGACGAAGCGCAAUGGGCUAUUUGGAGAAUGCAUGUAACGGAAAAAACUAAAGCUCGAGUUAAAGCUUUUAGUGGUAUUUCAACACAUGAAGUUGGUGAACUUUACAUUAAUCCUCGUGAUGCUGCUCACUUUAUUAAUGUGAUGAAAAGAGAAGUUCUUAAAAGUCCUUAUGGUUAUGGAUAUAUUAAAGAACGUGGUGAUAAAAUACAUUAUAAAAACAUAACUGGUUUUAGUCAUCAACUUCCCGAAGUAUGGUAUGAUUACUAUUUUAAAGAAGCGUAUUAUGAUAAAUGUAUAACUCAUGAAAGUUGUAUUGACCAUAAAGCAGUACAUUAUGAUCCUGAUUACCUUCAUCAUCAUUAG